ACUACGUGCGCGUGUGUGCGUGCGCGCGGGUCCUCCUCCGUCCCUCUCUGACGCACGAGUCAGGUGGUUCCUCUAAUAGCACGAGGAGCUGUCCGCGGUGCUGAAAGCAGAACUCGCACCGCGCUGCACGGAGAGGCCGACCGCCCCCCACCACCCACGACCCUCCGACUAAACAGCAGGCGCCACCAUGCCGUCACUCACAGAGACCUCCGCCAGCCCUCUCCUCCUCUGUUUUGCCAACUUCCUCUUGAUCCUCCUCUCGCUCGGCCCCCCCGUCGCCCACGGGGCUUCCCUCAGAGACCACAGACUGCGAGGAAGCGAGUCGGGCUCCCAGAGGGGCGACGCCCCCCAGGCUCCCAACGCCGACAUGCUCAAAGCGCUGGAGUACGUCGGCCAAAGGGCCGGCGCCGACCCCCUCCUCGCCACGGGGUACGGGGAUGACGCAGACAAGCUGCGCGCCAUGCUGAGGCUGGCCUCCGACCGUGUGCAGAGCAAAGAAGAGGGCGAGGAGGAGGAGGAGGAGGAGGAGAGGGAGAAUGAGGAGGAGGAGAGGGAGGACAAGAGUGAGGAGCUGCUCCAGGCCGUGCUCAGCACCCUCCAGCAGACGGAGAAGGCCUCCCAGCCGCAGCAGAAGCCGCACGGCGUCCUGCCCCACAAGAAGCUGCCGCUGAUGUUUGAGGACGAGGAGGAGGAGGGCGAGGGGGACGAGGAGGAGGGCGAGAGGGGCCCCUUUAAGCGCAUGAACGAGAACGUGGAGGAGAAGUACACGCCGCAGAACCUGGCGACCCUGCAGUCCGUGUUUGACGAACUGGACAAGAUGACCCGCGUGAAGACCAUGCAGCGGCGCCAGGACGAGGACGACAUGUUCGACGCGAGGGACGUGGGAUACGAGGACGGGGACCUCGCAGACUGGGGUCCGCUACAAGAACAGGAAGAGGACGAGGGGGAGGGGGAGGGGGAUGAGGAGGAGGAGGAGGAGGAGGAGGAGCGCGACAACAAACACGAGGACAACCAAGGGCUCGAUUACGUCGACGACGAGGACGCCGCUGAAAGCUUCCCGGUCAAGAGAUCCAGCGGCCCGGAUGACGUCGCCAACCUCGUAGACUACUACCUCCUCAGGGUGCUGGAGAAGAGCGAGGAGGAGGAGCACAAGCGACAGGUAGAGGAAGAGGAGAAGAGGGCCGAGAGGAGAGUGGCUCAGCACGGCGGCAGCGUGGACCCGCGGGCCGUCUACCAGCUCAUUCAGAUCUCCCAGAAGUACCAGAUCCCGCCCGGGGACCUGGUGGACCUGCUCAGAACCGCGGAGGCGCCACAGAAGAGCGGCGGCUUCUCGCAGACGUCUCCCAGGAAGAUGCUUAAGAUCCCACAGGCGAAGCUCUACAGCAGACGCUUCCCCGAGAGACAGAAGACCCCCGAGGAGCGGAGGACGCAGCAGAUACUCCACAUCCUGGGCAUCGGGGGCGCGGAGGACCGCGCUCCCGUCAGGAAGCUGAAGCAGUCACGGCUCCCCGCGGGGCGCCACAGGGCGCCCGCCCCCGCGCAGCGGCGCCCCCCUCCCGGCGACUACGACGACGCGGCGGACGAGGACGAGCUGGCGGCGUACCUGACGGCUCAGAUGCUGGCGCGGGACCCGAAGCCGGCGCACCGGGAGCGCGGGGGGGGCCAGAAGCGGGACGAGGCCGGGCAGAGCGCGGCGGGCUCCUUCGAGCGCGCCAUGCAGGCCUAUUUCGAUCAAAUGGACUCCGACAGAAGCCCAAAUGAAAAGAGAUGGUCGGAGGGGGAGGGGGAGGGGGAGGAGGAAGGGGAGGGGAGGGGGGGCGAGACUCAGAUGCGGGGCUUUGAUAACGAGGCGGUGAUGAAUCUGCUGAACUCCCUCAACCCGGAAGAUGAAGAAAGCGAUGCCAAAAACUAGGGAAUACAGAGAGAUACACACAUUUAUAUAUAUAUAGUAUACAUAAUGUUUUUGGUGGAGGGAGACGGUGAAAAUAAAGUAUUUUGAAGAAUAAAACAGUUAUUCUGUAGGUUUACAAAAUGUUCCUAUUUAUUACUCAUAAAUAUUGAAAUAG